AUGGUAAAGCGCGCAGCCAAGAGAAAAAAGACUUCUCCUACGGAUUCUACAACCACAAAUAAAAAUAGUGAUAGUGAUUUUGAAGACCAACCACCUACAAAACGAAUCACUAGAUCGCAGUUAAAGCAGGUUUCUUCCGAUUCUUCUCCUCAACUCUCUAAUCCAAUCAAGAGCUCCAAAACAAAAGCUACUCCCAAAGGCGAAGAUAUAGAUCAACCAAAGCCAGUGACUAAAAAGCAGAAAAAUACUGCAAUUAUUGAACCAGAAGAACCCAAGGAGUCUUCUUUGUCUGCCAGUGAAACUUUCGAAGAUUUACCUUCUCAGCUAUCAGACAGAGAAUGUGAUGAAAGUGAUAGUGAUAGUGAAGGGGAGGGUAUUGACUGGGAAAAUGUAGAACUCCCGGACGGUUAUUUGCAGGAAAGGCUUUCUCAAGGACGUGUCUACAAUGAUGUUGAAGUUAAUGCGUGGGAGCUAGCUUAUGAGCGUAUGUUACGGGAGUGGAUUCACAAUAGUCAUGUUCUCACGUUGAUUGCGCACUAUACGAUACGUAACAGAUGGUGUGCGUCUCCAGAAGUACAGUCUGUUUGUCUAUCAAUUGUACCAAACGAUGUACAGAAGCAGUGCUAUCAAAUGACUAGUUCAAACAAUGAUUUUGAAAAUGGUGUAAAGAGUUUAUAUCAAUGGUGGAACAAGUACUUUAAGUUAUCAGGCGAUGGAUUAGUUACUCGUUCUUACGAGGAGAUUUCUUUUCUAGAAAAUAUUGAUAUUUUGAAUCCUAAAAAAGACGCAAAGUCUAUAGAAGAGAUUUUGAAAGGACGAGGCAUUGACGAUGGAGAAACAAUCAAAAACUGCGAGGACUUUGUUAAUCAUCUUUUAACUAAGACGGGAACACGCGAUACAUCUGCCGAAUUAUUUGUGGCGGUAUUGAGAGCGCUUGGGUAUGAUGCACGUCUUGUAUGCUCUCUUCAACCAGUUCCAUAUCGCAUGCCGGCAAGACGCCCAGAUAUAAAAAAGAUGUCAUCAACAGAAAAAGCAAAUCAAAAAGAAGACGAAUUGGAGGCUACAAAGGAGUCAUCUCAAAAUAAUAUAAAAUUCCCAUAUCGGAUGUCCCGCCCUAAAACAACUAGCAGCCAGUAUCACAACAAUAAGCUUCACAAGGCAAAACAUCCGACAGUUUGGGCUGAAGUGUACAACCCUCAUAGAGCUCAAUGGGUUUCCAUAGAUCCUAUUAGAGGAUUCUAUGACAACCCAAGAGCCAUGGAACCGCUUUUAAAUGACAAGAAGAACGUAAUGUCGUAUGUACUUGCAUUUUAUGCCGAUGGAGACGGCUGUGUAGAUGUCACGCGGCGUUACUCUUCAAGAAUUACAAAGGCUUACAAGCUACGAGAACGCGAAUUGACAAAACGUGAAAAGCAGGGUGGGUUUAUACCAUGGUCUUCUAUUUUACUGCGCUGUAUAAAGCGACAUCGGUAUGGCGAGCGUGAGAUUCGCGAAGAGAAGGAGCUUGAGGAAAUACAGGAAAAGGAUCCUAUGCCGACAUCUAUCCAAGGAUUCCAUAACCACCCACACUAUGCACUUGAACGUCACUUGAAGAAAAUGGAGAUACUUUAUCCGAAAGAGCCAGUUAUUGGCUAUAUUAAGGGAGAGCCCAUAUAUCCUCGGGAUUGCGUAAAAGAGAUUCAUACACCCGAGACCUGGAUGAAGCUCGGUCGAAUCAUCAAGAAAGGUGAACACCCUGUUAAACGCAUCAAUGCACGCGCAGCCACUAUAGAAAAGAGACGUGCCAUUGAGCACGCCAAACAGGAUGGAAACGAGGUUCUAGCGGAUUGUUAUGGAGAAUGGCAAACAAUUCCCUAUGUACCACAGCCUGUGAUUGAUGCAAGUGAAAAGGUCAUGUACCAAGAAAUAGCUAUGGUAACAUUGAUCUGUUUACGCCGGAAAUGCUACCAGAGGGAGCUUCUCAUAUUCCAAGCAAUACAGGGUAUUGGGAAGAUAGCCAAAAAACUUGGCAUCGAUUAUGCCGAUGCAGUUAUUGAUUUUGAAUUCGCUAAAGGACGUUCUAUUCCUGUCAUCAAAGGGAUUGUUGUUCCAGAAGAGAGCGAAGAGUUCCUAUUGGAGGCAUGGCAAGAGCAUCAUUACAACGAGGCUACAAAGGAGCUCGAAAAGAGACGAAAGGAAGUAUAUGGAAAUUGGCGCAAGCUAAUCAAGAGCGUUCUUAUCCAAGCAAGACUUGAAGAAGAUUAUGGGGAGAAACAUUCACCUUGA